UCGGCACCGCCAUGGACUCGCGCCCCGCCAGCUCCGCUCUGGUCCCGCUCCUGCUCCUUCUGGCCGUGCCCCCCCCCGGCAGCUGCUGCUCCUUCAGCUUUAACCCCGUCAGCAGCACCUUCGGCACCCACCUGAACAAGCUGACCCCCUGGCUGCUCCUCGACUACCCUGUGGCGAUGCCCAGCAACCUGGAGCCGGACAGCGGCUGCUCCCCGCUGUGGGGGCUGCACUUCGGGGCGGCGGCGCUGCGGCGCAUGCGGGGGGUGGCGGGGCAGGACUUGGCCCCCCUGCUCAGCACCCUCCUCGCCCACCUCAGCUUCGUGGCCGAGUGUCACAUCCAGGACCCCCAGGGCUGCGUCCGGCUGGAGACGGUGAACGUGUCGCGGCUGCUCGAGACCCUCGGGCGGGACCUGGGGGAGCUCCGGGGGAGACCCCCCCACUUCCCCGGCUGUGCCCGCCUGCGCUGCCGCCCGGGGACCGCCCCGGGACCCCCGAGGGACCCCCCCGCGCCCCCCCCGCUGGCCACCCCCACCGUGCAGCUCGAGGGGGCCCUGGGGGCCAGGCAGGGCCCUCCCCCCCCCCGCGGCCACGGGCUGGUGCUGCUGGGGGGGCUCGGGGGGACCCUGGGCCUGGCGGCGGCAGCCUGGGUGCUGUGGAGGCGGCCCUGCGGCCAGGCUGGCCUGAGCCACUGGUGA